AUGAAGUUCCAGGCGCUUACGCUACUCCGACUGCUGUUGCACGUAUGUGCAGCAUUGUUACUGACGUCCCGCAGUUCCCAAUUAGGCUCUGCAUUGCACCCUUUCCAGCGCGCUGUUGCCAACGACUGGGUGCGUCUGCUGUUCUACGUGGACGUGGCCAAGCAGAUCGCGCCGGAUGAAACGACACUCGAGACGUUGCCCCAUUUCCUCCUUGAGGUGGAGGAGGAGAUCGUAGCCAACGUGGACGACGAAUUCUUCGCUGGAGGAUUCGCAGCCCGGGCCUCGGCACUGCCAGUCGGCGCGCUUUUUACAAUUGAGGAGACGCGACAGCAUCUACAUGGUGCUGUGCACAACUAUUUCCAACUGUCGGACGUGGCGCUGGACUCGUAUUUGGUAUAUGGUAACGAGACGCAGCUGUUGUUGCCUCCUCCACUGCUCACAGUGCGCUCAGAUAUGGGCGAGGACCCCGUGGAUGCAUUCUACAACAUCACGAAUGCUUCGACUAGCGAGCAGUGGCCAGCAGCUCUGCGCAUGGGGAACGAUGCUCCACGACAACAGGAGACGAGAAGGUUCUUCGAUGAGCUGGACGCCAUGGAACUCAAAUUGGUAGUGGGAAUGAAGAGGAAAGAGAAAGUAGAUGGGAUGGAAGAGAAACUUUACCAGUGGACGGUGGUCAUGCGCUACGAUCUACUGAAUCAAGGUCAUUUAGAGGUGACGAUGAACUAUGACCUUGUUCACGUGCCACUGUUGGAGGGUAAAAAGAGAGGUGAAGGGGAGGAUAUGCCACCGGUGCUACUAGACACAAGUGUCAUGUUCAACUGGGUCACGCUGAUGGUGAUUGGUCUGUACCAGGCAGUCGAGUUCUCGCUGAAGUGGACUGAGGUAAAGACUAUUGCUGCUCAGCAUCCAGAUCAUUCUCAACGUGUUGGCAAACACCCAAACACGCUUGCACUGUGGAAAGAAGCAGCCAAAGAUUUUUGGUUUUGGCUUGUUCUAGCUGUCAACGUCGCGACAGUGGUGUGCUUGUUGGCUACAUGGCGUCACGCUUACCGACUCUCGUUGAAUGACGCGCUAUGCUUCACAUUUGCCUCCUGCUGCGCGCUGCAAUGGGGAAGCCUCGUGCGAUAUUUGCAAAUGAACACACGGUUUCACAUUCUCGGACUCACUUUGCGGCGUGGCUUACCACGAGUGAUGCAGUUUCUCGUCGGUGUUUUGCCCAUCUUCGUUGGGUUUGUACUGUUUGGAACAGUCAUGUUCGGGGCCAAGGUGCCUCGAUUCCAGAGCGCGAGCUCCACGGCCACCACACUUUUUUCUGUGGCGAACGGUGACGAAAUCCACGAUACAUUCAAUGAUGUCGCGUAUACUCCGUGGAUCGGGCAGAUCUACGUGUAUAGCUACAUGAUUCUGUUCAGCUACGUUGUCCUGAUGGUGUGCAUUGGUAUUAUCGAGGACGCCUUCUUCUCUGCUGUAUUUCCAGCGUCAUGGCCCACGCUCGAUAGAACUCAGCACGAAGGCCAACGGGCUCCUGGAGUAGGACAUCACCAUCAUUAA